AAUAAUGGCGGAGAAAGUAGGGAAGACGAGUGCCGUUGGCACUAAAUCCAUGCCCAUGAAAUUAUUUGCAACAUGGGAAGUGGAAAAAACGUCGCCAAACUGUAUCCCAAGAUUAUGUUCCCUCACACUAAACCGUCUCAUUGUGCUAAAGCCCCUGGAAAGUGAAAACCAUUCAUUAAUUAUAGCUGUCAAAAUGCAGAAUUCCAAGAGAACACUUCGCUCCAACGAAAUAUGCAUGCCGAGUUCAGGUCUCCUGGACGUGGAAUUAGACCUUGCCUUUUCUCUACAGUAUCCACAUUUCCUGAAACGCGAGGGAAACAAACUCCAUGUCAUGUUACAACGACGGAAAAAGUACAAAAAUAAAACCAUCCUGGGCUACAAGACUCUUGCAGUGGGCCAGAUUAACAUGGGACAGGUUCUACAGAGAUCAAUAGAUAAGGAUCUGAAUCUGUUCAGUGAUGCCAAAGAAAACAGCACGGUCCUUGUGGCCAAACUAACCAUGGUGACAGUGUCCAGUCAACCAGUGGACCAUGUAGAAAGUGACCAGAGGAAGGCCGUCUCCUCUGAUGUUGAUCGAUCCCCUGAUAUUGACAACGACAGUGAUGAUGAUUACCCUGACCACGAGGAGUGGUCAAAUGACGGGUUCAGUGAUUGUGAGCACACACUAAUGGAAGAAGAUGGACGCACUAGGCCCAGGAAAGUCAGUCGAGGCAAUAUACGACCAGUACCACGGGGACGGCUACAGAGAAACAUUAAACAGAGAUUUAUUGCAUUGCUGAAGAAGUUCAAAGCAUCAGAGGAUGGUCUGGAUUCUGAGGCCGACCAUGAACUCUGUGACCCUGAUACGAACCCUGACCCUGCUGAUGCUGACGACAUUGCUGACUUAAUUGAUGAGUUGGAAGAUUUGAGUGAUAGUGGGGCAGAGCCUGAGCUAGAUACUGUCAGUGUGGUGUCUACACCAAAACCUCGACUGAGGCCAUUCUUUACACGUAACGGGUUUGAGGCAUCGGAAUCAAGUAGGGAAAGUGGUAAACUCAGUGAUGACAACAGUUCUCGGAAAAAUGACUCUGACAGUGUAGCUGAAUGUGCGCAGCCUUCGAUUCAGGGAAACCAAGAGAAAGCAGCGCCUUGCGAGGACCGCGAUACCGACCCGGACCAGGUUGAAUCUCACUGCAAGCCCAAAUCUCCAAAACUGAAACCCAAGAUGUCACGCAUGCGGAGCCGCUCAUACCGAGAAAAACAAGCCAAGAAGGACGAGAAACACCUCGUACGACGCAAUAGUACCGGAGUGGUUGAGAGCUCGCCGAGGAAGGCCCUACUUGACCAGUUGAGUGCAGUCCUGGGAGGGUCAGAUGACCUUCUACCAGACAACAUGGUACUGGUCAAUACUGUGGAGUGGCAGGGACAGUUGAUGGUGCAGAAACUGCAGGAGAAACAGCUCAAGGUGAUCUGUACAUGUGGGGACGCUGACGUCAAGGCUGCCAUCAGCUUCCUCGUUACAAAAAUACAAAAAUUUUGUAACAGUAACUCCAAAAGUCCACAACCGGUGAAGGUUGGCAUUGCGGGGGGCGACGGAUACAUCAACUCAGUACUACGACCAUAUGUAGAACAGUUCUCAGCCAAACCACACGACUGGCAGAACUACGUGCGCUUUCUAGUCAUACCAUUUGGUGUGAGUUAUAUAGGGAAACACCUGGGAGCCCUAGAUAACAUGUACAGUUCACUGUUCCUUGAUUCCCUGUGGAAGGAUACAUUUGAGAAGCCAGAGAUAUCAAAGCUAGAUUCCCAGGAAAUUUUCAAUCGGGUGUCCAAGUACCUGAGUAGUGCUAACGGGCUGCUACAAAUCCCAAUCUCCGAGGCGAUGGUCAUGUGUCGAGGUAGAAGCUCUGAUGACGAGUCAUCUCAGAUGUUUGUACCGUUCUUGAGUGAAGUAAAGAUUGGAAAUCCAGAGGUAGUAAAUGCUUCAGUGGACCUGGAUGACUCCAGCUGUAUGGUGAACUCCCCCUCCCUGUCCAGCUCACCCCCCUCUGCCAUGAUUCUACUAGACAAGCCAAAGGAGACUCAGACCCCUCCCAGCUCCCCCAGUGUCAACCUCACCCCCACCAGCCAGAGCCAAGGAAGCACCAGUAGCCCAGCUGGUCUGGGCGAGCUUAUGGAGCUACAGGUUGAUUACUGGACAGCCACCAACAAACCGGACAGCUCAGAGAAAACCGACAAAGCCAGUAAAAAGGACAGUAACAAGUCCUCACUCAAAACCACCUUCCGAUCCCUUCAGGUCCAGCGAGCUGCACAACCACCCACGUCACCAGGCGACAGCCAAUCAGCAUGCUUCACGAUGGUUGUGGUUACCAGGGAGAAAAAACAAAAAAUCAUGAGGCUUGGUAAGAAGGCCAAGGAUAUUGAGUCUAAAAGCCAGGUUGUGGAGGGAAUAAACAGACUUAUAUGUACAUCCAAGAGUCAGAAUUAUUCCCUCAGAGUGAUGGUGGAUGGAACGGAGUGGAGAGGAAUCAAGUUCUUCCAGUUGUCGUCCCAAUGGCAAACGCAUAUUAAAUCGUUCCCUGUGGUUGUCUUCUGUAACACAGAGAUCCUGUGAAUCAUCGUAUCAUGAACCUGAUCCCAAGGUUGUCUGGACAAAUCCCCGUGUUUUGUGGAGGUCCAAGAAUUGUUGUUUUGACAAUUCCGAGGUUAUAUUAGCAACCGAGUUCCACUUUUUUAUGGACAGGUGCAAUACCUGGUGACCACGACAAAGGUCUGUGCCAGUGUGGUCCGAUAACAACGUUAACAUAGCUGGGCUUCCUUCACCAUGGUUACCGAGGUAACCAAGAGCUUUAACACAGACAAAAUGGUCUCCAAUAUGUUACAGAGCUUUAACAGUGCUGUAAGGUCGAUGUAGGGGAGGCAACCUUUGAUUGCACAUCUAUCAACAGACAAUGGUGUGCUCCCUCCUUCCUACGUACUACAUAUUCUCCACGAUGGAUGUGGUCGAUGUUUUGCAUUGGGUUGUCUGUGCAGCAUUUUAACAUGGCAGGUUGGCCAGUCCGGGUCCAGAUUGCCAAAUCUUUAUUGUGAUAGUGCUUCUCUGUAAAUACUGUGUGUGAACGUCUUGUAGAUAACUGUUUAUUUAUAAUGCCCUAAUGGUUGUAUUGCGACGUUUCAUCAAUCAUAACUGUGUUAUCUUUAAUCCAUACAAAUGUAUACAGGGAAAUUUUCACCGAAUUUUAAUUUUCGCCUUUUUCCUCGUCCGCAGUGAGGGCGAAUUUAUUAUUACAGCGAACAGUAGUAAACACUAUAAUUAACAUAGUAAUCAAAUGUGACAGGCGAAAUUACCAUUGGGUGAAUAUGGAUUUUAUUGAUGUUGGGCGAAAAUUUGACAGGGCGAAAGUUUCCCGGUAUACAGUAAAUGUCCUAUCAACUGAAGGUCCCCGGUAAGUACCACUGAUGUUACCCGUCAAUGGGAUUAUUACUAGUUCUUCCUCGUGUUACACAGAAAUGUACCACAUUUUCACAACUCUUCAUAAUAUAUAAAUAACCGUUAACAUGAUUACCUUAUUAACUUUAAUCAUCUUUCUGCCUUGUUUUUGCUCAAAUGGCUUCUGCUUGUGUUAAGAGGGGUAUUUUCUUGAUUAGUACUGUUCAUAUUUCUGAUAUAGAUGAUUAACUCAUUCACCCCUGAAAUUUCAUAAUGAACUAUUCCAACCUUUGAAUUGGAAGAGUUCAAAUGUGUCUUCGGGGGUGAAUGAGUUAAGUUCACAGUAACUAACCCCGAUUCCUGAACAAAUGAACUGUAUUCUGAUACAUGUAAGUUGUGUGUUGACUUAUUUACCUGUUCUAUCCAACCACUGUAAACAAUUAUAAACAUUAAUUAUUAUAUAAGUAGGUCAUUUUCACACCUUGUUUCCUAUCCCCAUAACUUUCACUUUUUCAAUGUUUAAAAAAAAAAAAAGCACAAUUACAGCAAGAAGGGGGUAUCUAUGGAGCUUUGCUCAGUGUUACCAAGGUAAUUAGUUAAAUUGAAGUUUCAUAAUGCAUAAUCCUUUUUCUGCCGGUAAUUAAUGUCAAGCUUAGGGGUUCUUAAGGCUGUUUUUUGACCAUAUAUAUUAUUUGUUUUAUUCAUAAUUUAAUUGUAUAUAAGUGAUACUGGAUUUGUUUUUCAUGUAUAUUUUUAAAUUUCUUGAAUGUUAUAUCAUUAUAACAGAUUUGUUGUCAUGUCCAGUUUCUAUUUAUGUUGUUGAUUAUAUACACUAUGGACCUGCUGAAUUGUCAAUGUCAAUAGCUGAACAUCGCCAGUAGUAGAUGGAAUGGAAUGUUGAAAAGCUUGCUUUACCUACUUUCAGGUUAUUUGUUUGAACGACAAAAUAUUUGUAUUUUUGCAUUUCAAGAAAGUUUGUUUGAUUGAUUUACAUUCAAGCAAUACGGUUUAGCCAGAAAUUUACGCUGCCAGUUGAUUUUCGCCUUUUUUUUGUUGGCUGCAAUGAAAACGGAUUUAUCACUACAGCGAACACUAGUUAACAACAUGAUAUGGAUAGAAAUUAAAGAUGAAGGCGAAAUAAACACUGGGUGAAUAUGGAUCAUUCUUACAACGAGCGAAAGUUUGACUGGGAAAGAAAUUCCCGGUACACAUUACAUGAACUGUGACUUUUGAAAUGUUCUUACGGAUUUUCUUUUAUGAAACAUGAAACAAUGUCUGAUUAAUGUAAUAUUUUAAUCUAAUCGUUAAUAGCACAAAACACCAAAUGGUGAACAUGUUGUAUUGUAGAGGUGUGAAAAUAUUGUUUUUUUUUAUCCAUGUUUCACCUUGGCUCAUAUAAAAAUGAAAGAAAAUGGUAUUUCAAGAAGUUAUUUUAUAUCAAUCUCUAUGAGAGUGAUGUUCAGAUAUUGAUGCGAAUAAUUUCUGGUCUCCGUUAGCUCAAUAACCAGAACUACAUGUAACAUUACACUGAUUUGUGAUAGUACUAGGCAUGUCACUCCCCAAAUCUGUGUCGCUGAUGGGGAGAUUAUUUUUUAUGUUUAUGAUUAUAACAGGUUUGUUCACAUUGUCAUCUUGCCAGAAUACCAAAAUUGACCUUCAGUAUUGACUUUGUGGUUGUCCGACCCACCUUUCCUCUAUUAUCCACGCCUGGUGUAGGUGAUGGUGCUAUAUUUGUAGUAUUUUUAUCCUAGAUAAACAAGGCCAUUCUUGUUGUAGAUAUUAUUGAUUUGUGAAUUUGAUUUUGUUAUGUUAUUUUAUACGCUAAUUAAGAGAGGUUAGAUUUUGUUACUGACCCCCAUUCGUGUUACGUAGACAACAUUUGUGAUUUAUGAGUACAAAAUGGAAGUGUUUUAUCUAAUUUCUAGAUCCAUAAAACCCCAUUAUAAGCAGUUUGAUAAAAUGUUAAUUCUAGAAGAAUACAAAUUGUGAAACCAAAGGGUUUUUUAAUCAGUGUGAUUCUAACGUGUAUGAAACAAGGACAUUGAUUGGUUAAAUCAAACAUGUAUCCAUAGUAUUGUGGUUCUAAUGUGUAAUGUAAUGAGGUUGAGGAUUGGUUAAUUAAAUACUUUUGUCUUUUAUAUUGAAUUUCAUUGGUUGAGCAAUGUUUCACUAGUCUGACCCGAGUCACAGCUGGUAUAAUAUAGUCCCAGGAUUUAAGUUCAUAAUAAUUAAGACUGCCUCCUAUACAAGUCAGAUUUUUAGCUCACGUGGCCCGAAGCGCCAAGUGAGCUUAUGCCGUGGUACGGCGUCCGUCCUACUGUCCGUCUGUCGUCCGGCAUCAAUAUUUUACU